UUUUCAGGACAAAAAGAACCCAAAGAUGGACAAGAAGAUGCUGGUUAAUAAUGACAAUAUGCUGUUGGAUGACAAUUACCGUGAGAUCUACUGUUGCGACAAACUCGUCAGCAGGACCAUCGACGCUAAGGCCAGCAACGACCGAGAUAGUUUAUCAGAGAUUUGCAAUAGAGCCUCAGGAUCAGACAGCCGUUAUCGGGAGCCGAGUGACACUUCCGUGUCGGGUGCUUGACCAAAAGGGCCCCAUUCAGUGGACCAAAGAUGACUUUGGCCUUGGGGCCGUAAGAAAUCUCACUGGAUACGAACGCUACGCCAUGAUCGGUAGCGACGAAGAAGGUGAUUUUUCACUGCACAUAUUCCCAGUAGAGUUGGAAGACGACGGAAAGUACCAGUGUCAAGUGUCGCCUACAGAUGACGGUCAACCCGGUCUGAGAUCGAGGUUCGCCCGAUUAAGUGUUCUUGUACCACCGCAAAAGCCGAAAAUCCUUCAGGGUGACUUUCUAGUUACUACCGAGGAUCGAGAGCUUACGAUGGAGUGCAUUAGUGUCGGUGGAAAGCCAGCAGCGGAUAUAACUUGGAUCGACGGUCUUGGCAACGUGUUACAUAAUGGAAUUGAAACAAUAAACGAAAAGUACGAGGACGGACCGCUUUUCACCGUGAGGUCUAUUCUUAAGGUGAUGCCGCGCAAGGAGCACGAUAAUACCACAUUUACUUGUCAAAGUCAAAAUGCUGCGGAUCGUACACCGCAAAAUGCUAAAUUACGUGUUGAGGUCCGCUACGCUCCAAAAGUCUCCCUGAAAAUCAGCUCGGGUUUAUCAAAGAGUGGCCAGAUAGUCGAAGGCUCUGAAUUGAGAUUCAAAUGUCGUGCAGAAGCUAAUCCCCCAGAGAUGGAGUACAGGUGGUAUAUAAACGAGAAAACGGUAAUCGGUGACUAUACGACAGAGAUGAUAAUCCAUAACGCCACACGGGAACUCCACGAUGCUAUCGUAAAAUGUGAAGUUCACAACGAGGUCGGCAAGAGCGAGGAAACGGAAACACUGGAUAUAACUUAUGGACCGCAAUUUCGACGUCCACCGAUAUCUGUUGAAACGCAUUACGGCGCAACAGAGAUACUGCAGUGCGACGUGGAUGGUAAUCCAACUCCCGAAAUUCUGUGGAUUCACGAAGAAUCAGAUCGUACUGUUGCGACAAGCCCAAAUAUAAGCGUUGUCGUGAGUCCUGAAACAGCUGGACGUUAUUACUGCAAAGCCCAUGUUCCUGGUUUUCCUCAACUUAUCGGGUAUGCCAACAUCUUGAUUCGCGCACCACCGAGCAUCGUAUCACAAAGAAUCCAAUAUGUGCCCGAUGAAGGAGUAGUAAAGGUUAAAUGCACCGCGAUAUCAGUGCCAAAAGCUGAGUCUGUUGUAUGGAGUUUUGCUGGUCGUGAGUUUAAUUUCUCGUUCAACAAUACACCCUUCUCCGUCCAAGAGGAGUACACACCAGAAAGAGUUGUCAGCACUGUUACUCUUUUAGAGCCCAUAUCUACAUAUUUCGGGGAUUACAAUUGUACUGUUACAAAUAGCUAUGGCACAGAUACUGUCAUCAUUAAACUCACUACGCGUGCGUUGAUUCCAGUUGAUUGGCAACUUAUCCUGAUAAUCGUUGGACUGGUAGUCUGCAUCAUCCUCAUUGGCGUCAUAAUUAUUUUGAUACUACACUGUCGAGAUCGUAUUAAACAACCACGCCCGAGGUCUACUCAAGCUCAGGAGAAUGAUUUGCAAGAAACAGACUCGAAUCCGGAUCGUUACCGUGAAAGUGAUCGAAGCAGUAAUCUGUCGGACGUUAAAGCAGAUAUACGUGCUGGAUCUAGCGUGAGCAACGCUGAGAGCGUGACUGCUCUCGACAGUGAAGGUGAAGGAAGUACCAGGGGUGUAAAUGCUUUAGCUCUCGCUGGGCCAGUACCCAACCCAAUGGGUUAUCGAUACAGCGCCGACUACACGGAACCCUCAUUUCCACCCAAGAACAACGAUGGAAGUAACAAUAAUGGGUACGUACCGUAUGUGGAUUAUUCGAGAGACUAUAUGCCACCCAACACCCAGGGGAUGGGUGCUUCCCGCGAAUCCCUCAGUCGUAUACCCUCCAGCGGUAUAUUAGCUUCCAAAAAGAUAGGUCUAAGUUCAGCAAACUUGGGCAAUAAUACAACACAGACGCCGCCAAUAAUUGAUCCACGGUUCUCGGCAACCUACGGCAAUCCUUAUCUCAGGAUGUCAGCGGCCGAGCAACUUAGACACGCGCCUCACACCGCAAUACCAGGGGUCACACCAGCUCCGCCACCUUACACUCAAGCUAUGCGAAUGAAUAGUUUGAAUACACUGAAUGGUGCCGGGCCACAGGCCCCAUUAUCAGCGCACUAUAUAACGGGUGGUCCUAAUGGUGGAAUAGCCACAGUGAAACGUACAUCAGGAAUUGGUACACUAGCAACGCAUGUAUGA